CAUCAUCAUCUGCUUUUCAAAAAACAAAAUUGGAAUUGGAAUUGGGAAUUCUUUUUCCGGUGACGUAAAAGCUUCGUGAUUGGUGCGUCGAUUGUGUGUAUUUUCAUCUGAUCAUCUUCUCCUCUGUCGCUUUUGAAGGGCAUAGCUCAAGUCUGAUCGUACAAACGUAUUUAGAUGGAUAAUGAUGAAAGAUAUGGACUUUGAAUAGUACAACGACUUGUCUGUGGUGGGAAGCUUACCAAGCAAAAAAAAUCUUGUGGGGCUUUUGAUUGGCUCAAACGUACACGUGUCGAGUUGCAACAUAGACGUAUGGAGAACGAUGGAGAAAUGGGGAUGUUCUUCUUCCCCUGGUGGAACAGCAAGAAUCCACUUGAAACGGUUGAGUCUGGCGGGUUCAUCUUCACUUGCUUUGUUGCUGCCCUUGUUGGUAUUCUCACCAUAGCAUACACUGCUUCUCAGUGGCGAAGAGAUAUCAACUUAAGCUGGACAAAAGCCAUCGCCAGGUCAAAGAAAAACCCAAAGGCGCGGCACAAGACUCCUGUUGCCCCGCAUAGCUGGGAACGCGACUCUGUAUCUCGCACCAAGAAUUUGAACUGCUGUGUGUGCUUGAAGUCGAUGUCUCCCUCUCAGACAAUGGUGUCUUCUCUCAGUGUUAUCCACAGGUGCACGAUCUGUGGAGCGGCAGCGCAUUUCAGCUGUUCCUCGAGUGCUCCUAAAGAUUGCAAAUGCGUCUCCAUGGUUGGGUACGAGCAUGUGGUGCACCAGUGGGCGGUGCGGUGGACGGAAGGUGCUGAUCAGUCUGACGAAUCCUCGUUUUGUAGCUACUGUGACGAGUCGUGUAGCAGCUCCUUUCUCGGGGGUUCUCCUAUAUGGUGCUGCUUAUGGUGUCAGCGUCUUGUCCAUGUUGACUGUCACAGUAAUAUGUCGAAUGAAACGGGUGAUGUUUGUGAUCUUGGCCCUCUUAGGAGGUUGAUUUUGUGCCCUCUAUACGUUAAGGAACUGACACGGAAUCCUUCUGGAGGGUUUUUGAGCACGAUCACGCAUGGUGCAAAUGAACUUGCGUCUACCGUCCGUGCCAGUAUCAGCAAAAAAUAUAAGCAAGGUAAUGAAACUUCGGUUGACACAGGUAAUAGUGGUAGCAAUGGUGAUGAGUCUACGGAAAGCACAGCUGAUACAGGUCCGGCUGUUGUUAAUGGCACCGAUGCCGUGUUGGAAAACUCAAGCAGCCUUGUGAAUGGAGGUUCCUCUCAUGGGGAUAGCGAUAGCAAUGGCAAGGUGGAGAAGAAGCCCAGUGUUAAAAGAAGCGGGUCUUUUGGUCAGAAAGAUGAACAUCAGGGAGUGAGGUCGAAACUUAAGUAUGAGCUAGCUGAUUUGCCUUCAGAUGCAAGACCGUUGUUGGUUUUCAUUAACAAAAAGAGUGGUGCUCAACGAGGUGAUUCUCUUCGGCAGCGUCUUAAUCUUCUUCUAAAUCCCGUGCAGGUGUGUGAAUUGAGUUCAGUGCAGGGACCAGAAGUGGGACUUGUCCUCUUCAGGAAGGUUCCUCACUUUAGAGUUCUUGUUUGUGGUGGAGAUGGCACUGCUGGUUGGGUAUUGGAUGCCAUAGAAAAACAGAAUUUUGUCUCUCCUCCUGCGGUUGCUAUCCUGCCUGCUGGAACCGGGAAUGAUCUAUCCCGGAUAUUGAACUGGGGUGGUGGUUUGGGUUCUGUUGAGAGACAGGGAGGCUUAUCUACAGUAUUACAGAACAUAGAGCAUGCUGCAGUCACUGUCCUUGAUCGUUGGAAAGUAUCGGUUCUGGAUCAACAAGGAAAGCAACUCCAGCCGCCAAAAUAUAUGAACAACUAUAUAGGGGUUGGGUGUGAUGCCAAGGUAGCUCUUGAUAUCCACAAUCUACGGGAGGAGAAUCCAGAGAGAUUUUAUAGCCAGUUUAUGAACAAAGUCUUAUAUGCUAGAGAAGGUGCGAGGAGUAUGAUGGACAGAACAUUCGAAGAUUUCCCGUGGCAAGUUCGAGUUGAGGUGGAUGGUGUUGACAUCGAGGUUCCUGAGGAUGCGGAAGGAGUACUUGUUGCAAACAUCGGAAGUUACAUGGGAGGUGUGGAUCUAUGGCAGAAUGAAGAUGAGACAUAUGAAAACUUUGAUCCGCAAUCUAUGCACGACAAAGUAGUAGAAGUCGUGAGUAUAUCUGGAACAUGGCACCUUGGCAAACUCCAGGUUGGGUUAUCUCAAGCCAGAAGGUUAGCUCAGGGGCAAUCAGUCAAGAUACAACUUUGUGCGCCGUUGCCUGUGCAAAUCGAUGGAGAACCUUGGUCUCAGCAACCAUGUACCUUAACCAUAUCGCACCAUGGCCAGGCUUUCAUGCUAAAGAGAGCAGCGGAGGAGCCACUGGGUCACGCGGCGGCUAUAAUCACAGAUGUUCUAGAGAAUGCAGAAACCAAUCAAGUGAUCAACGCAUCACAGAAACGAGCUCUGCUUCAAGAAAUGGCUGUUAGGUUAACUUAAAAAAGAAGCAAAACAAAAACCAUCCCUCUAACAAUCAACCGGUCAUUGGUUAGUCACUGUUCAAUAGAAGUUUUCAGAUAUAUGUGUACAGACAUAUCUCGUCUGAGUCGUCUCUCUGUCUAAACGAAUGGAAUGUUAGACAAGUUAAUCCGCUGAGUGCAAAAAGCGGGUUCUGUGUGGAAGUAGGAAAAAAAGAAAAACAAAGAAAAUGGAAUCUGGUUUCCAAGAUUUUUGGGAGUUCUUAUAGUGUUGUCGUGUCAUGAGUCAUGACAUGAAUGGAACUGAUACAAAACUUGUUAAAACUGUCUCUUACCAAAUUUUUAGGAAGAAUCAUGUAUGUGUAUAUUAUUGUUUAGAGGAAGCAUGUUCCUUUUUUCUUUGAUGCAUUGUUUAUC